AUGGAAUUUAUUGACGGUGAUUUCAGUAAAAUCAACGCAAUUGGAGUUUUUGACACAUAUCUGGGGGUUCAACAAAUGUUGAAGUCUGAAAUCGGAAACUCUGACAAGACGACCGACCUUCGGAAUCGAGGGAAACGAGGUGAUCUUGUAUCAAGAUUUUGCGUAAAUUUAUGCGCGGGUCACGUUUUUCUCGUCCAACUCUUCAUCUCUCUCGGUUCUGGUGGCUUUUAUUACCCUGAGUUAAAAGGAGGAAGAAGAGUGUCAUAUCCAGAAGAUCAAAAGGGCAUGCAUGCUAUCGAAAGCACUUCGGACAACGGCAUCCAUAUUCUCGGCCUCUCCGAUUUUGAAACUGUCGAGCCACUCCAUGAAAGUCUUCUUGCUUGUGGUAUUUACCGACGCAUAGUUUACCUAGACGAGGCUUUUAAUUCGAGGCUUGGAAGCUUACCUCCCUCCACUAUUAGUCAGGCAGGGGGAAACGUAGUUAAGACAUUUGGAAAGAAUACGAACCUUAUGAGUGACAUCAUGUAUGCUUUGCAAAGUCUCACGCGAAAGAACGCUACUAAACUCCUUCGGCCUGUCGUACUACGGCCGCCUGUAGGGAGAUACAUGCCCAGUAUGGAGUAUGGAGAGAAACCGUAA